ACAUAUCUGUUAUUUUUAUCUACAUCCGUUUACUAUUUGGUAUUUUGGUUAUAAUUAAUUUUAAGGCUAGAUAAUUAUCAUUUGUGUACAAAAAAAUACAACAUAAGUUUCAUGGCUUUUCCAGCAUCUAACGCGCAGCAAGCCGACGUUACCAAAAAAAUACUAGAGGAUAUUCAAAUAAAGAAACAACUCCUUCAGAAGGGUGUUAGUACAGUCCCUUCAAAUAUAAGUGGCUCACCCGCGGGACUUACAAUACCUCAGUAUAUUCAAGCGACAAUCCAAGCACAGCCUGGGCCAUCAACGGACAACUCAAUCAAUGCAACCGCUAAAGCGGUUUGGAAUCAGGCUCAGAGUCAAUCAUACGGAUUUUUUAUUCCCCAAGACUCACUAUUCGGUAACAGCAUCAUCCCCGUCUUGCCGCGUUUUGAAAAUACUCCCACCAGUAGCAGUAGUUCGACAAAUACCGGAGGCCCCAAUAGUGGGGGCAAGUAA